UCCCCCAUUUUGGGAUUGGUCUGAACACUGAACUACGCAUUGUCAUUUCGUCCGAAUUCCGUGCUUUUCCCGUCCUUAAUUAAACCCUAAUCAAUUCCAUCUACGGUUAAAUUUCUGGGGUUCUAAUAUUUUCUCCUUGUAGUCUACAAUUUUUCUUUGCUACUCCAUUCUGUUGGGUUUCAAGUGUCAUUUCUGAACUCUUGACUGAUUUCUCUGUUCUGGAUUUGAGAAAAUGUCGUUCCUUCACGCUUCUACAAUCCCCCCCAAAUCGUUCCCACCUUUUAAAUCGUUUUCUUUUCAGAAUUCUACUGCUAGGCCUACUUCGUCUCUUUCUUGUGUUGCAAGGAAGUCGGACACGGUACCUGACCCUGAACCCGAAUUAAAUUCCAAUCCUAAAGCUAAACCUAAGAAAACAACUCGCCGACGCCUGAAAUCCGAAGUUGAAGCUACGAAGAAUGACAAUGAUGAGAAUCCUGGUGGGUCUAUGACGUAUCCAGCGACUAUCCCAAGGAAGCCGAGGCGUGGCCGCAGGAGUGAAGCUACUGCAGUUGAAGAUUUCGUGCGUGACUCGCUUCAACGGACAUUUACGUCAAUCCGAGAUCAGAACCCAGAGGUGUUUGAGAAUAAGGAAAAGGUAAUCAAGGACAGAGUUGAGGAUGACAAGGUUGAUGGUGAUAGUGGUGAAGAUGAUAACGAAGACGGGGAUGGUGUCAGUGGUGGGAAGAAGAUGGUGGUUGAGGAGGAAAGUGCAAGUUGGCCACUUGAUGCGGAUGUGGGGUGGGGGAUUAGAGCGUCGGAGUAUUUUGAGCAGCACUCAAUUAAGAAUGUUGUGGGGGAAGAUGGUGUUGAGAUUGACUGGGAAGGAGAGGUUGAUGAAAACUGGGUAAAGGAGAUCAAUUGUCUGGAGUGGGAGAGCUUCGCUUUUCAUCCUAGCCCGCUCAUUGUUCUUGUUUUUGAAAGAUACAACAGGGCAGCUGAUAACUGGAAGGCUUUGAAAGAGCUAGAAAAGGCACUGCAGGUAUAUUGGAGUGCUCAAGAUCGAUUGCCUCCCCGGUCAGUUAAGAUAGACAUCAAUAUCGAGAGAGAUUUGGCAUAUGCUCUUAAGGCUAGAGAAUGCCCCCAGAUUUUAUUCUUACGAGGGAACAAGAUCUUGUACCGGGAGAAAGAGUUCAGGACAGCAGAUGAGUUGGUCCAAAUGAUUGCACAUUUCUACUAUAAUGCUAAGAGGCCUUCAUGGAUUGAUGUGACGGCUUUAGCUCCUCCUUAUUAAUGCCCUUGUAGAUUCUUAAGGUCUUCUUGUUGGCAAUUCCUUGUCUUGUAUACUCGUUCCCAUCCUGUUUUUAUUAUUCCUUGACAAGUUAAGACCUUGAUGGAUUGGCUGGGAUUUUGGAUCUUGAAACUUGCCAAAGUAGUGCCUUAAGCUGGAGUCCAGGCUUGAUGGAUUUGUUAGAAAAUUGUUCUAGGACCAAGACUCUAGUCAAGUAAUGUCAUUUUGACUUUACAUGUUCGUGAUGAACAAAAUUGGCACGCUUCAAAAAUUUGCUGAACUCAAGGAUUAUAUAGAAUUGAGGAAUAUAAAAGGCCCCGUCCUUAUACUAUCCAUUGUAAAGGCAAGGAUGGUUGGUUUUAUUGUU